UGAACAUUUAUCAUACACUUAUAUACAGGGUGUAUAAAAAUUAUGUCACGAUCACAUCUACAGUCGUAAACCAUCAGCUGACGUGAGGUUAUGUUUUCGAGGAUGAGAGCAGAUGAGAGCUCGACGAAUUCUAACAAAUCGAGAUAAUUCACGAUCGAAACUAUGAUUAUUUUAUUUCAAACUGAUGCGUGACCGAAAAUUGUAUGAAUCUAAAAUCUGAACGAAGUUCCGAUGCCUAACGAACACUUGUUACAAAUACAAGAAUAAGAAAGAAUAUUUGUAGCUGUGCUGUUAAUAAACGUUGUCAAAUCGCUUCGUUUUGUAUGUGAAAAAUAUUGUUAUUCUGUAGUUAAACAAUGAAUUUCGAGGGUGACGUUCAAAGGGUUCAACGCGCGCUUCUUAAACAAGCUCUCACGAAGGGGAUCGAAAGGAAUGAGGAACAGUGUAAAGUAUGGUCGGCGUACAAAAAUGGCCAUGAGAAAGUCACAGAAGCGUUACAGACUUUCCAGAAGGAGUUGUACAGAGCUUUGAUGAAAGGCAAACUGAUUCACACUAAUGAAGUCCUCGCCUCCUUGGGCGAUGGGUACUUUGCGAAGUACAGUGCUGCAGGUGCGACAGCUCUUUGCCAAAGGAGGAUACAAAAAGCUGAGGAGAUGUUAAAGAGUCUGAAUGCAGAGAGGGAUUUGUUUGAAACGAGAAUUCUGGCAUCAGAAACUAAUCUGUUUGAAGAACCUGCUGGUGGUGAAAUCGUGGAACAUUGGAACGAAGAUCAAAUCGCAGAAUGGAAAAAAAAGCACAGAGAAAAGGAGAAAGAGUAUCAUGAAAAAUUAGCGAAAAUCCGACAAGAGGAAAGAAAGAAGAUAGAGACUGAGGAGGACUUGUUUAAGAGGGUGGAUCAACUUGAACUGGAAGAGGAAUUAGUCGAUGAACUUAAUAGACUGGAAGAUGAGAAGUAUGAAAUUCUACGAGGAGAGUUGGGAGAAGAAUGCUAUUACGAAUCAGAAUCUUCGUCAGAGAGUCAAGAAGACGAUGUCAAUGACGAAGUAGAAGACUCCAAAGAAGAAAAUAAGGAAGUCCCUUCUGCUAAUAAAGAAGAACCGGAAGAAUCAUCAAAAGAUACUCGUAAACAUAGAAAAUCGGUUUCAUUCGUAGACGCAGAUACUCUGAAAGAAGAAAAGAAGAAUUCAUCAAAAAUAGAGGAUGAAUCUAGCAAAGAGGAUGAUAUACUUAGAAUAGAAUUCACGCAUUCCGAGAAUACUCCGUCGGAGAUUUCAGAGGGAGAUUUAAUAAGAACGCCGGCGUAUAUUUACAGGUUGUUUUCGAGGCCGAAAUCGAUUCUCAAGAGAUCUCCCAACGAUCUGACUCCCGUACAAGAUGCUCCACCGGAGUACAGCACAGACGACGAGGAAGACGACGACGAAACUGUCAGACCCUCCGCGUAUGAAAACGUAAUUCUCGUCAUUUAUACAUUCACGAUUCACUCGCGAUUGGUCAAUUUUCACCGACUCUUCACUGACGUUACAUCGGCCACAGGUUUAACCAAUGAGCCGAAUAAGAAUCAGAAAAUUAAUCAUUGA